AUGGAGGUUGAUGAAAACACCUCAGGCGCCGGCAUAGGUCCCAAGUUGCUAGUUGCGCUGGGGAGCGAUGACCAAACGAAAAGCCCCCGAGAGGACGCUCACGAGCCUACAUCUGCUUCAACCGGCAAUGAAACGAGGUCAACUUCUCGAAUAAGGACCUACCAAUUGCCGGAAACUCUAUGGAGGUGGAUCACCUGGACGCCCAAGAGAUGCAGAUGGGAUCCAGAUACUCCCCCAGAGUUCAGUAUGUGGCUGAAUUUACUAUUUGGAUUUGCUGGUACAUUUACGGUUGCCAAUCUGUAUUACAACCACCCAAUCCUGAAUAUAUUGGCCGUUGAGUUCCACGUCACUGAUGAGCGCUCAUCGCUCAUACCCACGGUCAUGCAAGCGGGUUACGCCGCUGGUCUGUUAUUUUUGUGUCCACUGGGGGAUCUAUUCCGCCGCAGAGCCUUCGUUUUAAUCUUGGUCUUCUUCACGGCAACAGUUUGGCUUGGCUUAUGCGUAACCAACUCCUUUGCCGUCUUCCUCGUCCUCUCGUUUAUCACAGCGGUCUCAACCGUAACGCCCCAGCUAAUGCUGCCCCUUGUCGGGGAACUUGCACCACCCCAUCGGCGCGCCAUGGCUCUCUCAAUCGUGGUGUCAGGCCUUCUCUUAGGGAUGUUGCUUGCACGACUCCUUGCCGGAGUCCUAACACAGCACACCUCAUGGCGUAGCAUCUACUGGUUCUCCUUUGGCAUGCAAUACCUAAUAUUUAUCCUGCUCUUCUUCUUCAUGCCCGACUAUCCAAGUACCAACCCCGGUGGGCUGAAUUACUUCGGCAUGCUUUGGAGUAUUGUUCAAAUGGUUUUCCAGUAUCCUGUUCUCGUUCAGGCCUGUUUGGUUGGGUUCACGGUUUCGAGUACAUUUACUAGCUUCUGGACGACCCUCACAUUCUUGCUAGCUUCGCCCCCCUACUCGUAUUCUCCAACUACAAUUGGCUUAUUUGCGCUCAUUGGCAUAGGUACCAUGUGUUUUGGGCCCUUAUAUGCCAAAGUAAUAAUCGACCGUCUCACACCCCUCAUCAGCGUCAUGCUCGGUCUCACAUAUGUCCUCAUUGGUCAAGCUCUAGGAACUUUCCUUGGCCCCUUCUCCAUUAGUGGACCUAUCGUUCAAGCGUUCCUCCUCGAUUUCGGACUGCAAACCUCCCAAAUCGCAAACCGUUCUGCCAUAUACGCCAUUGCUCCCAAAGCGAGAAAUAGGAUAAAUACCGCGUAUAUGGUGAGCGUGUUCUGUGGACAGUUGACCGGCACCGCGGUGGGGAACAGAUUGUAUGCGGAAGGGGGAUGGAGACUUAGUGGUGGUGUCAGUAUGGGGUUUAUUGGGGUUGGGCUGGUGGUGUGUUUGCUAAGGGGACCGUGGGAAAAGAAGUGGAUUGGUUGGAGGGGCGGAUGGGGCUGGAGGAGGAGAGAUUUAGGUCCUAAUGGUAGUGAAUUGAGAAAGGAGGAACCACCUGUUGAGAGGGUAUUGGAUGAGAUAAGUGCUGAGGAGGAAGGAAAGGGGAGUGAUUCUGGAGAAGAGAAGGGGAAGCAAACUGCCCGGGACGAAACGAUAGGUGGUGAGUUGCUCAAACAACCAAUUACAAAAUAA